AGCUUCUGCGGUGCGUGGCAUUGUAGUAUCCCGGAUUUCCUCUCCCGUCAUGGUGCAAGAGAAGUGAGAACUCGGAGCUACUGCCAGCCGCCUCCUCUGCUUCCUGCCCUUUAAUGCAGCACUAUGCUCUCUCUUGCAUGUAUGCACGUCCAUGUAUUUGUACACACACACACACACAGGUCUGCGUGUACAUGCACACACUCAUAGGCAAAGACUUCUUUUCUUCAUGAAAGAGGUUGAUGGAGUUGUCUCCCUCCGUUUCUGGUGAGAGGAGCAGGCAGGCGUGCCUUCCACACACAGCUUGCUGCGCACAGCCGCAGCGGAAGCCCGCAGGAGGGAACCUCAUUCCCUGUGUGGCUGCAGGUUCACUGCCGUGGUCCCCAGCCUCUAGUCGCUUGCAGCUAGUGGCCCUGCUAGAGAACCAGGGUUUCAUGCACACUUGCAGUCAGCUGUCCGGGCCAGGUGUGGCAGCCUAUGGAUGUCUAUCUGAACAAGAAUGUACCUGAAACAUGGGAGCCCAGUUAAAAUGAUGGAGAGUUAUAUUGCAGUUCUCACAAAGGGGAUAUGCCAGAGUGAAGAAAAUGGCUCUUUCCUUAGUAAGGAUUUUGAUGUCCGAAAGGCCUACCUGGCUGGCUCCAUCAAAGACAUUGUAUCUCAGUUUGGAAUGGAAACUGUUAUCUUACACACAGCACUGAUGCUAAAGAAAAGAAUUGUGGUGUAUCACCCCAAAAUAGAAGCGGUCCAGGAGUUUACCAGGACUCUGCCUGCCCUGGUGUGGCACCGACAGGACUGGACCAUCCUUCACUCUUACGUGCACCUCAAUGCCGAUGAGCUGGAAGCCCUGCAGAUGUGCACAGGUUACAUCGCUGGAUUUGUAGACCUGGAGGUGAGCAACAGACCAGACCUCUAUGAUGUGUUUGUGAAUCUGGCAGAGAGUGAGAUUACCAUUGCUCCCCUUGCAAAAGAGGCCAUGGCAAUGGGCAAACUGCACAAAGAAAUGGGUCAGCUAAUUGUUCAGUCUGCAGAAGAUCCAGAGAAAUCAGACAGCCAGGUGAUACAGGAUAUUGCUCUAAAAACAAGAGAAAUCUUUACCAACCUAGCACCAUUUUCAGAAGUUUCGGCUGAUGGAGAAAAGAGAGUCCUUAAUUUGGAGGCACUAAAGCAAAAACGAUUUCCACCAGCAACAGAAAACUUCCUUUAUCAUCUAGCAGCAGCCGAACAAAUGCUGAAAAUCUGACUGUGUGACAGAAUGUAUCACUGAUGACUGAUAGAAAGCCCUCUUUCACUCUGAUUAUCCAUUAACUACAUAAAGUCCUGAAAAUAACAGAGAAACUGUUACAUAUUUUUAAUGAUUUAUUUGCAGGUAUUGAGAUUUGACCUGAAAAACAAUGAAACACAUGAACAUACUUCUGAUUUUCUCCUAGCUGAUUAGUUUCCUGCCUGCUGUCAGUGCUGGACAAAGUGCUGUUACUACUUUAUAGAACAUUACAAAACAGCUAGAGGUCCUGGGGUAAGAGAAAAAAAGCACAUUAUGACAAAUGCGAAAGCCUUCAUUAUUACACAUUCCAGUUUCUCACUGUGUAGUCAUAAGCAAAUGGUUUACUUUCAGAAAGCUGCCUGAAAUGUCCCUUUGUAUUCUAGGAAGAACUUUAAUUCCUCCUGAGGAACUCUACUUUCUGAGCCCAACUGCUAAGUUUUCUGCGGAACUGUCUAGAAGAUCAUUCAAGAGAGCCCGCGGUUGCACUUUCUUGUAAAAGUUAAAAAAACAAACAAAAAAGGUUUUUCCCGGCUUUUGAAUAUUUUGCCUAUAUUAUGAGAGUUUUGCAUAUAUUUUAUACUUGAGUAGACAACUUUAAUAAUCCAUAUUUAUACUAUCGCAGAUGUAAGCAUUUGGCAAACGUUCAGCCAUUGGCACUCAUUUAACCCUGUUAGCAAUAUUCUUUUGAAAAAGGUGCCAGUCCUUAUGUGGUAAACUAAGAAGCCCAUUGAAUAUAACAGUGUGUAGGACUGAAACAGUGACCUUAUAUUAUUGCUAAGGGAAUAUGAGAUUAACUUCCUAUAGGGGCCAAAACCAGAGAAAGGCUUCCAACAACUUUGGUGAAAGUAAUUUGGCCACAUGUCAAGCCAACUGUUUGUAUUCAUUUAUGUACCUUUUUCACAACUGGAGACCUUAACAUUGCCAAAUCAGCAUGGAGGCCUCAAUUACGUGCUUGUUAGUGUGUCAUUCAUGUUGAUUGUAAGGGAUUACUUUCACUCAGUACUGAUGUCCUUGGAAAUCUUACCUGGAAACAUGUUUGCAAAAAACAUUAUUGGAUCUUUCUUUUUUUUCUUGGUAUUACAUAUUUGUUAAAUAAAAAUUAAACACCCUCCCUUUUUGAGUGAGGGCAGGGGAGGACCUGAAAUAAGAUGAUGUUUACUAAGGCAAAUAAUUGAAAAUUAAAUCUGCACUUUAUGGAAAUGAAAAAUACUAACAUCUUUUUCCUCAUUUUUUUGUAUUACUAUAUUAGCUAAUGAUCAAAGUUGUUAAAAUUAUAAAUUUAUGAUGCAGAAAUAAAAUGGAAAUGUUUUGAUAUUCAA